AUGCGCGCAACGGCAGCAUGUCUAGCCAGAGGGUUCUGGGGCCGCAGCCUCGACGAAUUCAAGCGCCUCUCCAACAUCGCGCUUAAACUCGAAGGCAUAAAAGGCCCCUCAGGCCCUCUCCCCCUGCAAUCCUUCCACUCCGCGGACUCCCUCGAAGACUGCAAAUGUUUCUACGACCGGGACAUCGGGGGGUCCUCCAAAGCCUCCUUCGACUGGGUACCUCCCUCCCCAUCGGAGCGCACACCGGGCCACGCCCGCUUCCACGGCAGUAUAUCCAACGCUUUACCCGCGAACCGGCCCGACGUCCAGCGCUCGGGGUACGCGGCGUGGCGGACGCUGGAUAAACCGCCGACGAUAUUCGGGCGCACGCUCAUCGACAUCGAUUCGUACACGUACCUCGGGAUGCGGGUGCGGUCGGACGGGCGCUCGUACUUUGUCAAUGUGCAGACGGAGUCCGUGGUCCCGACGGACUUGCACCAGCAUCGGUUAUUCGCGAAGCGCCCCGGGGAGUGGGAGACGAUUCUGAUUAAGUGGAAUGAUUUCGUGCGCACGAACGGGGGGUAUGUAGUGGAGCCGCAGACGGAGAUGUUGCGGCAGAAGGUGCGGAGUAUUGGGGUGAGUUUGACGGAUCGGGUUCCGGGCCCGUUUGAUCUGUCGAUUGAGCGGAUUUGGGCGACGAAUGAUGCGAGGGAGGUUGAUGGGGAGAAGGGGGUGGGAGAGGGGGAGGUUAGGGAGGGGGGGUUGAGGGAUAAGCAGGGGAGGCAUAUUAGUUGGAAUGAGAAAUGA